AUGCCAGUGGUAAAGAGACCAUGUCUUCAAUGUAAAGAAAAACAUGUCAAAUGUGAUGAAGGACAACCGAGGUGUCAUCGCUGUAUCAUCAAGAACUUACCUUGCGCUCGGCCUGCGAAGAAAACUGUCUUUCGAAAUUCAUCAACAGGACCUUUGACGAACCAGACUUGGGUAAACACUGAGAUUAGGGACUUCAAUAUAAACCCGCAAAGUCCACUAGAAGGAGGCGCAGGUACAUCUUCAACAGCGGCAAAUUUCAACGACUCUUCAGAGCCAAGAGAGCCAACUUACAACGAACCUUCAAGGAAUAACCCAGCAUUCCCGGUGGCAAACACAUCAGCCGGAAACUCACCGAGCUACCCUUCCUCGCCAUGGCAGCGUGCAACAGGUCGAUCACCCACGGACCUGCCGAGCGCAUACACCGUAACCCACGACCAUUCAUCUCCGUAUGGUCCACCGCAAGAUCAUGUUCCUUCUCCCCGAUCACACCAGCCGUACAGUUCAGGAGAAGUAACAAAAUUUCCUCUAGAAAACCCGCAAGAAGCGUGUUUGCUGCGAUACUUUGUUGAAGAGCUGUCACAUUGGCUUGACCUGUGCGAUGAGAGACGGCACUUUCAACUCGUUGUCCCGCUCCGUGCUCGACACCAUCCACCACUUCUCUAUGCCAUAUUCGCGCUCUCAGCGCGCCAUCUAAGCCGUCUUCCGAAAUACAAAACACCACAAGGAAUCCUCUACCAAGGCCAAUUACUCCACAAGCUCACACCCCACGACGCAGUAGAGUACACGUUGAAAUGCAUACCCGCCCUACGAGACUUUCACCUCAUACAAGACGACGAAAAACUCGAGAGCAUCAUCGCCACAGCUGUUAUUCUCCGGCAGUUGGAAGAGAUCGACGACGAAGAAGACCAGGAGCAGGAGCGGAGCCAAAGGCGGAACGCAAAACCUCAGGUUAAUUUCCUAGCCAUCAUAGACGCUGUUCUUAGAAGUCCACCGUCGAGGACCCUCUUUGGCCGCCGAUCACUUAUCCAAGCGGCGUAUUGGAUGGCCGUUCGCCAGGAGCUGUACCACUCGUUCACAAAGCGUCAUCCGCCAAAGAUGACUCUAGAUCCCGAGUAUGGACACGGCGCGUCGAAGGCGAAUAAGAUUGUUCUUCACACGGCGCAGGUUGCGAAAUGGCGAUGGGCUGAUGGGUCGGAGCAAGAAUGGCUGCGACUUCAGAAGCAGGGUGAGGUCCUCGAGGACGAAGCACAAAGGGAGUAUCAGCCGUUCUAUGUACGACCAGCUGACAGGUCGAAUGGAGAAAUAUUCCCGAUAAUCUGGUACUCGUCCGCGCUGGAGGUGACAACCAUGCAGCUCAGCAUCAUAGCGAAGAUGGUGCUAAUGGCAGAGAACCCCUUCCUCGGGGGAAAUUCAUCGACACGUGCGCAGUGGAGAGAAAUCGAGAAUCAGGUACGGCAGAUGAUUCUGGACCUGUGCGGGAUAAGUCUCUGCCAUCCGGGAUGUCCACCGGCUCUCGUGCACGCUGCGUUUGGGAUGGAGUUGUACGGGGACUUUUUCACGGACCGGUAUGAGAGGAGGGCGCUGAGGGGUGUAGUUGAUAAGUUCCGAGAUGCUCGGGCGUGGCCUGUCCAGAACCUGUCCAAAAUGUUUGAAUGA